GGUGAGGACCUCGCGUCUACGGGAAGCUCGAAGAGCACUGGCACUGACGAGACCAAGGACAAGGCAGAGAAGACCAAAGGCGAGGAGAACACCGAAGAGAGCGAUUCCGAUGAGGAGAGCCAGGGCGCCGAAGAGGAUCCUUCGGACAGCAUGAGCUCAGUGGAGAUGGAAGGCUUCUCCACCAAUAUGGGCCCGCACCACAAGGCGAAACCCGCUCGAAGUGCAGGUCAUCCCACGGAUAGGCACAAUGCGCCUCACAGCAAAGUGGAGAGCAGGCAUCAGGAAUCUCCAGUGAAGGCCACAGCCAAGCAUACAAGCGGCAAGCACAGUGCCGACAAGGAGCAGCCGGAGAAGCACGAAGUCAAAGCCAAGACUAAGGCCGAAAUCAAGUCGCACUCGACGCACAAGAUGCAACGGAAGAAAGACUCGGCCAGCCUCCAGGAAGCUGACACCACGCAGACGACAACAUACUACUUCACCCUGGUUGCCAGCAACAAGUACUGUGCAAAUGCCAAUUCUGGCUACAAGACGAACGUGGGCAACUACCAGACGAAGGCAUGCUUUGAGUAUGUUCUCAACGAAGCUUCUUGCGGCAAAUUCUUCGACUUCGGGGUCGUCGAUGGAGCAUGCGAUUGCGUGCCGAAGGUAGAAACCAACUGCAACCAGGCAGAUGCCGACAACUACCAUGUGUAUUUGAUUCAGAAAGGAGGACCGAGAUGGAUGAUCAGGGCAGAGCAACUGAGGAGGUCAUUGGCGAUCCUGCUGAUCAUGGUGAUCCUUCGGAUGACUGAGUGUGAGCGUGUGCAGAUGCCCUUACCUGCAGAGCAAGACCACUACUCCAUCCUGGGCCUCAAGGCCAGAGCGAGUCAAACAGAAGUCAAGAAGGCUUAUCGAAGCCUUUGCAAGCGGUAUCAUCCAGAUAAAGCCGUUCAUUUGGAUGAAGCAACUAGGAGAGAGCGGGAAGCACAGAUGGUGAAGCUCAACGUCGCAUAUCAGGUGUUGAACUCGCCGAAGCAGCGCUUCGACUACGACCUUGCUCAGCCUUGCCCAGAAGAGAAGCGUGCAGCAGAUCCACACCCGGAAGGAGAAGUGCCCUUCGCUGCUGGGUUCCGCGCCUCCACACCCAAUCAGAGGUCUUCCAUGGGGUCGGCAAAUCCUGGCACCAGAUUUCGCUAUCCGUAUUCUGCCAAGUACACGCAGCGAAGUCGUCAGGCUCGCCGCAUGGAUCCAUCCCAGUACACCACUCACGUGGAUGGCCGCGCAGCCGAGUUCACGGGAAGGCGUGCGGUUGCGAGAGCGUAA